AUGUCUCCGUCCCCUCCCCUGCCCAGCGGCCGCGGGCCGUCCAGCUUCGGCUCGGUGGACUGGCUUUCCCAGAGCAGCCGCGGGGGGCCGUCACCGCCCUCCAGGCCCGCUGAAGCCCCUCGGGGGGGUCCCUCCGCUCCCGCCAGGGGGUGCAGCAGCGGGGAGCCCCUGCACGGUGCGGGCGUGGAGGAGGCCAAGUCUUCAGAAGCGUGUGCGCCCCGGACGCCCACGGCUGGGUGGGGCAGGGACGGGGACGGCCUGCGGGUGCCCCGCGUGCGCACGGCCUUCACCGCAGAGCAGCUCAGCACCCUGGAGAGCGCCUUCCGGCGGCGCCGCUACCUGGGCCCCCUGGAGCGCCGGCGCCUGGCCCGUGACAUGCGGCUCUCUGAGGUGCAGAUAAAAACCUGGUUUCAGAAUCGCCGGAUGAAACACAAACGCCAACUGCAGGACUCGCAGCUGAGCAGCCCCUUCCCCGGGGGGCUCCACCCUCCAGUGACCUUCUGCCCUCCGCCCCCUGCCCUGCGCAGGCCACUGCGGCUGCUGUGUCCUUGGGCGCCCCCACUGGGGCCUCCAGCUCUGGGGCAGCCCCCUGGCCCCUUCUGGGAUCUCUGCCGGGUGGAUCGAGCCUCCGUGGCCUUGGCGUGGGCCUCGUGCAGCAGACAGCCUCCCACGUGCUGCCUCCCGGACCCGGGGGGCCAGGAGCUGGGCCCGGCCUUGGCCUUGUCCGGGGUGCCCCGGGGCCUGUGUGCCCUGCCCCAGACCGGGGAUGCCUUCUGAGGACGCGUGACAGCCCAGCGGCCGCCGGGAGCGGGAGCAGAGCGGGGCCGACCUGCCGUCCACACGGCGCGGGUGCGCGCAGGGCCCCGCAUCUCCCCGGGAGACGUCCACCCUGCGAGCCCUGCGCCCCCUCGGCAGCCGGGACCUGGAACCCCCACCCCACCCAGCUGCUCCUUCCCUGGAUACUACAGGCUCGGUUUAAGGACUCGACGAGGGGUCGGGGGACAAAGCCCAAAGCCGAAAGUGGACUUUGAAACGUUGGGCUCGUAGCCUGUGAUAGGAGAGUAAUUUAUUCAAUAUAAAGUGUUGGAAAAAAUAAAGCUGCGGGGGCCUGGCCCGCUCUGAUGGUGGAGGCUGAGACUGUUGAUCUUGGGGCUGUGAGUUCGCGCCCCACGGCGGGCGGAGAGCUUACCUAAAAAUAAAAUCAUAAAAAAGA